AUGAAUUUCGUCUAUGUCCUUAGCGGUUGGGAAGGAUCGGCAUCUGAUUCAAGGGUAUUUAGAGAUGAAAUUACUCGACGUAAUGGCUUGAAAAUACUUGUUGGGUCUUAUUAUUUAGUGGACGCUGGCUAUACUAAUGGUAGAAGAUUUUUAUCUCCUUAUAGAAAUAUUUGGUAUCAUGUGAAUGAGUGGGCUCAAGGUUAUCGUGCACCACAAAAUCGUCUAGAGUUAUUUAAUAAGAAAGACUCUUCGGCUAGGAAUGUGAUUAAGCGGUGCUUUGGAUUGCUUAAGAAGAGAUGGGCAAUUCUACAAAGCCCCUCAUUCUAUCCAAUUAGAAUUCAAAGCCACAUUAUUAUUGCGUGUUGUUUGUUACAAAAUUUUAUUCUGAUGAACAUGGAUGUUGAUCCCGAGGAAGAUGCAACUCUUUUACCAGAGCAUAUACCCGUAGGAGAUGACACAAUUGUUAAUGAAGCCGACAUAAUUGAUGUUGUGGAAAGUAGUCAUGAGUAG